CUUGGAUGACAUACUUAUUUCUUGUCGGCAAAAAGUCAUUUAUGUCAAAUUAUUAGAGACUUUUAAAGCACACUAAUGUAGAAUGGCAAAAGUCUGGGCUCUCACAUAAUUCAGAGUUGGGCCUCUUUCCUCAUACAAGCCCACAUAAGCUAAGGUAUGUCGCUCCUUCUUCUUCUUCUCUCCGAUGUUGAGCUCCGAGCUGCAAUGGCUUUGAGAAAUCGCCAGCUAUGGCAGCAAACAAAGAUGAUUUACAAAGUGACUAUAGAUUCUUCAGUUCGAAACCGAAAGUAGAUUUGAGGAAGCUGAGGCCAAUGAUUCUGAAAAGGAUUGAGGAUCGGGCGAAAGAUUAUCCAAGAAAACAGAGCAGCCAUGCUCUUUCAUUCAUGGAGAAAACCUAGAGGUAAUUUCUUCCCUUUAAUCCAACUGUUUGCUGCUAUAUCGCAUGGCCAUGUAGCUAUAUUUCAUUCGUGCGCUUCUAUUCCUUCUAAAUAUCCUUCGUUUCGCAAAAAGCCAUCGGUUUCUAAGAAGCGUAAAGUUGUAAUUUUUAGGGAAUUCAGAGAUGUGAAUAGUUUAAACGAUGCUGUUUGUGUUUUUCAUCAAUUGGUCCGUAAAGAACCAGUUCCUUCUGUUGUAGAGUUCGCAAAAUUGUUAAGGGUGAUGAUUAAUAUGAAAGAAUAUUCUGUUGUUGUUUCGUUUUUCGAAGAGAUGAGGAAGUUAGGGAUUCCCUUUGAUGAUUAUAUCUUGACUAUUGUGAUUAAUUCUUUUUGCUUGCUGGGUUGUUCUGAGAAUGGGUUUUCGGUAUUGGGUGUUUUUUUCAAGAGUGGUGUUCAGUUUAAUGUGGUUACUUUCAGUACUCUUAUGAGGGGACUUUUUGAACAAAAUAAGAUUCAGGAUGCUAUGUGGUUGUUUAGGAAGCUGGUGAAAGAGAAAAUUUGUAAGAUGGAUGAAGUUAUGUUUGGUACAGUCAUGAAUGGGCUUUGUAAACAAGGGCAUACUCAAACAGCUCUUAGUUUGUUGAGGAUAAUGGAGCAAGGGGAUGCCAAACCUAACACAGUUGUGUAUAGUAUUGUUGUAGAUGCGCUUUGUAAAGACCAAAUGGUAGGUGCUGCUUUCAAUCUUUUCAAUGAAAUGAAGCGAAAAGGGAUUACUCCGAAUGUACUUACGUAUAGUUCACUGGUUGAUGGUUUCUGUAAGUUUGAUCAGUGGGAAAAAGUUAGGCUUCUUUUGGAUGAGAUGAUGUAUCUUAAUAUUUUCCCGAACGUGCACACGUUUAGCAUGUUGGUAGAUGCAUUUUGUAAAAAAGGGAUGGUUGAAGAUGCUGUGGAAGUGUUAAAGAUAAUGGUCCAAAAAGGUGAACAUCCCGAUGUGGUUACCUUUAACACUAUAAUGGAAGGGUAUUGUUUGCGCGAUGAAAUAGAUGUAGCAAGGAGAGUUUUAGACUCUAUGAUUGAUGUUGGUGUCAAGCCUGACAUCUUUAGUUACAAUAUAUUAGUCAAUGGAUAUUGCAAGCAGAAGAAAUUAGAUGAGGCCAUGCAUUUAUAUUGUGAAAUCUCGCAAAAGGGGUUGAAACCUGACAUUGUUACAUAUUCUACUAUCUUGCAAGGCCUUUUUGAAGUUGGUAGAGUUGAGUGUUCUGAAAAUUUCUUUACUGAGAUGCAAAAUGCAGGCCAUAGUCCUGACAUUUACACUUGUGGCAUUAUGCUUCAUGGUUAUUUAAAAAAUGGACAUGUAGAAAAAGCAAUGUCCCUCUUUCACAGGUGGGAAAAACAAAAAGAAGAUACUUAUAUUUUGAUCUACAAUACAGGCAAUGAUGGAUUUUUUAAAAUUCAAAAGCUUGAUAGAGCUCGUUCUAUUUUUGAUAAGCUUUAUUCCGUAGGGUUGCAUCCUGAUGUUAUAAGAUACAAUGUAACAGUAAAUGGACUUUGUAUUGAAGGUUUAGUAGAUGAAGCCAAAGAGUUGCUAAGAAAAAUGGAGGACAAUGGGUGCUUGCUGGACAAUGCCACUUCCAAUCUUAUUGUGCAUGGAUUUCUCAAGAGUAAUAAAACUAAUGAAGCAAUGACCCUUUUGAAGGAAAUCAUCCAGAGAGGUUUUCCAGCUGAUAAAGUCACUAUGUCAUUGCUAAUAGAACUACUCUUGUUAAUAGGGGAAGGUCCUUUUUUGCUUAAUAUGAUACCACAACUUCAUCUAAGAAAUGAGAAAUGAAGCUCUUUUUCCUCUCACUAUGUAACUACUUGAGAGCUUGACUACAAUUGGGAAAACCAAAUGAUGAUAGCACUCGAAGUUUAGUUAGCUUCCAAUAAUGGUUGACUCGCCCAACUGUGAAUUCAUGGAGCGGGUAAACAUGAUGAAAUCUGAAAAUAGGAAGUUGUCUAAGAAGAAUGCAGAGUUGCAAAAGCAGGUGAGAGAGCUAAAUCAAAAGCUUCAGGCGGCUCAGCAGGGAAAUGGUCGGCAACUGGUGGUGUCGAAUCAACCUCAGUAAGCUGGGCCUUGUGGAACUGUCAAAAGUUUGAGAACUAACCCUCCUGUUAUGCCUGAUGAGUCAGUGAACCCAAGAUUAGCAAAGCUCUUGGCAGAGAUUGCAGUUGGCAAAGAGGUCAUAGUUGCAUUUGCUAAUUCAAAUGUGAAAUCCAUGUUGGAGGUUUGGUUCAACAGUAUUAAAAAAAUCGGUAUUCCCAAUUAUCUAGUCGUGUCUUUAGAUGACGCUAUAGUGGAGUUCUACAAGGAAAAUGACGUCCCAGUUUAUAAAAGGGACCCUGAUGAGAAUGUUGAUUUUAUUGGAAAAAGUGGAGGCAACCACGCUGUGAAGUUCCGAAUUUUGAGGGAGUUUUUGCAGCUUGGUUACGGUGUCCUCCUGUCUGAUGUCGAUAUUGUGUAUUUGCAAAAUCCUUUUGAUCAUUUAUAUCGCGAUUCAGAUGUUGAAUCAAUGUCAGAUGACAGCUUAUGGUUAUAAUGAUGUUUUUGAUGAACCAUCAAUGUGUAAUAGCAACCUCUUUUCUUGAGAAGUCAAUGUGUAAUACCAACUACAUUCAGAAAGUGUAUCUCUUUCACCACAGUAGUAGUUUUAUUCGAAAAUUUUGCAGUA